GACCCAAACACAAAAAAAAAAAGAAAAAACAAAAAAGAUGGGACAAGCGCCGUCGUCUACGGCGGAAUCUAACGGAAGAGAGAUAGAUCUGGGGCUAAGCUCACCGGUGAUAAUCGGUGGUGGAGAAUCGACGGAUCCGGGAAACAGCGAUACGGUUAGAGAUCGCGAUCAUACAGAUGAUCUACCGGACGAAUGCUUAGCUCACGUGUUUCAGUACCUCGGAGCUGGAGAUCGCAAGCGAUGCUCUCUCGUCUGCAAACGGUGGCUCUUCGUCGACGGCCAGAACCGCCACCGGUUAUCCCUCGACGCUAGAGACGAGAUCUUCCCGCACCUCGCGUCUAUGUUCGACCGGUUCGAUUCGGUCACGAAGCUCGCUCUCCGGUGCGAUCGGAAGUCCGUUAGCCUGAGCGACGAGGCUCUGGUGGUGAUCUCCGUCCGCUGCUCGAAUCUGACGCGCGUGAAGCUCCGCGGUUGCCGCGAGAUCACGGAUCUGGGGAUGGUGGAGUUCGCUAAGAACUGUGGGAAUCUGAAGAAGCUUUCGGUUGGAUCUUGUAACUUUGGAGCUAAAGGUGUGAACGCGAUGGUUGAGCAUUGUAAGGUUCUUGAGGAGUUGUCGGUGAAGAGACUCAGAGGGAUUCACGAAGCUCCUGAGCUGAUUUGUUCGUCGUCUUCGCUUAGAUCUAUUUGCUUGAAGGAGCUUGUUAAUGGUCAGGUGUUCGAACCGUUGGUUGCUAAUACUAGAACGUUGAAAACGCUUAAGAUUAUUCGUUGUCUUGGUGAUUGGGAUAAGGUUCUUAAAACGAUCGGAGAAGGAGAUAGCUCGUUGAGUGAGAUUCACUUAGAGAGGCUUCAAGUUAGUGACUUUGGGCUUUGUUCGAUAUCUAAAUGCUCAAAGGUGGAGACUCUGCAUUUAGUGAAGACGCCGGAAUGUUCUAACUAUGGUUUGAUUGAUGUCGCGGAGAGAUGUAAGCUGCUGAGGAAGCUUCAUAUCGAUGGUUGGAGGACUAAUAGGAUCGGUGAUGAAGGUCUGAUAGCUGUAGCGAAACACUGCUUGAACUUGCAGGAGCUUGUGCUGAUUGGUGUUAAUGCGACGCAUAUGAGUUUAGCUGCCAUUGCUUCCAACUGUGAGAAGCUGGAAAGAUUAGCGCUUUGCGGAAGUGUAACUAUUGGUGAUACAGAGAUCGCUUGCAUUGCUAAGAAGUGUGGGGCGUUGAGGAAGUUCUGUAUCAAAGGAUGUCCGGUGUCGGAUCUAGGGAUCGAAGCGCUGGCUGUUGGUUGUCCUAAUUUGGUGAAGUUGAAGGUGAGGAAGUGUAAAGUGGUGACUGGAGAGGUUGGAGAUUGGCUGCGUGAACGAAGGAGGACGCUUGUGGUGUGUAUGGAUGGUGAUGUAAGCGAAGCAACGGUGGCUGUGGAUGGUGAGGUUGAGACAGCUGUGCGGGAGCCAAGGGUGGGUCAAGCGGAUGGUGGUGGCGUGCCGGAGGUUGUAUCUAGUAAUGGUGGAGGAAGUAGAUUAGCGAUGAUUAGAUCAAAGUUGGGGUUUCUUGGUGGAAGGAACUUGGUAACUUGCACAUUCAGGAGAUGGUCUUCUCAUAAUGAUAAUGAUUGCAACCAGUUCAGGUCGAUCGAUGCACUCUUCUCUAUAAUAGAUCAUCAGGUGAGGAAUAAGAUACAGAGCUUCAGAGAAGUAAACCCCACGAGGUCAUCGGAGAUGAUGCAACAAUGGGUUAGAUGAUCAUUCUCAAUUGAUGGUGGAGUAGCAAAAGCUUAAUCGCUCUGGUUGAAUUGAGCGAAACUAUUAGAUGGUUGGAGAAGAUGUUUAGGCACUGUGGGCCACAAUUGUAUUGGGCUUGGUCGGAAAUUACUAGGGCUUGGGUUAUUAUGAUAUGAGUUUAUUGGGCUAUGGGGCUCUUUCACUAGUGCAUUAGUCAUUUGUAAAACUUUUUUUUCUUUCCGCAAUUUAUAUUAAGAAGCCUGUUACAAAAAAAA